GUAGAGCCCCCUUUCAGCUUAGUGGCUACAAAAGCUGAGCAGAAGGCUUAUUCCAGCUGAGGUCUGCAGUGGCAGGAGAUACCUUAAUACUCUGAAUCAUCUGUUGGAUCCUGAAACUCAAGUUCUCUGAACUGGCACAACUUUCUCCACUGAGAAGAUACUCGUCUUGAUUCAUUUUGAGAAGGUAGGCUGUCAGAGGCAGAGAUGGCAUUGCCAGAGCCAGAGUUUGACUUGAAGACAAGCAGCAUCAUAAAAGAAUGGAGUGGGCAGGUUCAACCUGCUCUCAUGGUCUCCUUCAUCUUCCUCUUCUGCCUGGAGGCCUGCCUGUGGAUCAGGAAUCUCACCCACAAGAAGAGGCUGCCUGGGCCCUUCGCCUGGCCACUGGUGGGCAACGCCAUGCAGCUAGGCCAGAUGCCCCACAUCACCUUCUCCAAGCUGGCCAAGAAGUACGGCAAUGUCUACCAGAUCCGGCUCGGCCAAAAUGACAUAGUGGUGUUGAAUGGAGACGCGGCCAUACGCCAAGCUCUGAUACAGCACAGCAAAGAGUUUGCAGGGAGACCCAACUUCAUCUCCUUUCAGUUAGUCUCAGGAGGGAGAAGUAUGACCUUCAGCAAUUACAGUGAGCAGUGGAAGGUGCACAGGAGAGUGGCUCAGUCUACCCUGCGGGCUUUCUCAUCAGCAAACAGCCAGACCAAGAAGGUAUUCGAACAGCACGUGGUUGCCGAAGCCAUGGAUAUAGUGCAGAGCUUUCUCAGACUGAGUGCCGACAGGCGAUAUUUCAAUCCCUCGUAUGAAUUCACAGUCGCCGCUGCUAAUGUCAUUUGCGCUCUUUGCUUCGGAAGGCGGUACGGGCAUGAUGACCCGGAGUUCAGGACCCUUCUGGGCAGGGUGAAUAAGUUUGGAGAGACGGUGGGCGCUGGGAGCUUGGUGGAUGUGAUGCCAUGGCUUCAGUCCUUUCCCAACCCGGUGCGCAGCGUGUACCAGAACUUCAAGGACCUCAAUAAUGAGUUCUUUGCUUUUGUGAAAGACAAGGUAGUGCAGCACAGAAACACGUAUAACCCUGACGUAACCCGAGACAUGAGCGAUGCCAUCAUCGGCGUGAUUGAGCAUGGAAAGAACAGCAUGCUGACUGAGGACUUUGUGGAGGGAACGGUGACAGAUCUUAUUGGAGCAGGGCAGGACACUGUAUCCACAAUCAUGCAGUGGAUGCUGCUGCUGUUGGUGAAAAAUCCAGACAUGCAGGCUGAGCUCCAGCAGCAGAUAGAUAAAGUGGUGGGUCGUGAUAGACUGCCCUCAAUGGACGACAAGGCCAACCUGGCUUACCUGGAAGCCUUCAUCUAUGAGACCAUGCGCUACACCAGCUUCGUGCCCAUAACCAUCCCUCACUCCACCACCUCAGACGUGACCAUCGAGGGUCUCCACAUCCCCAAGGACACGGUGGUGUUCAUCAACCAGUGGUCUGUCAACCACGAUCCUCAGAAGUGGCAGGACCCGCACAUCUUCAAUCCAUCAAGGUUCCUGGAUGAGAAAGGAGCCCUUGACAAGGACCUGACCAACAGCGUCAUGAUCUUCUCCACAGGUAGGAGGAGAUGCAUUGGUGACCAGAUUGCCAAGACUGAGGUCUUCUUGUUCUUGGCUAUUCUGCUGCACCAAUGCACCUUUGAGAGCAACCCCUCUCAACCCCUCACCAUGGACUGCUCAUACGGGUUAGCGCUCAAGCCAGUCAACUACACGGUUACAGCCAAGCUCAGAGGGAAGCUCCUUGGCCUUGUGUCACCAGCAUGAAAUAAAGUUAACCUGCCACCCAUCUGAUGUUAUCACUCAAGGCCAGCAAAGACUGAAAUGAUUGCAAAUGUAUUACAUGUAACAGUGAGUAUUAAUAAUGCACUGAAUUCUGUUGUUUAUAAAUUACAUAUUUAAUAUUUAAUGACUAUUCACACAUUUUUUUUGUUAAUGAGAAAAAGCUUUGGUUGCAUUUAUAUUAAAUCAAGUGUUCUGUCUGGUAGUUUAAGAGAAACCGAGAACAUAGUUGAACUACAGUUUAACAUUUCACACUGUGUAUUCAUCCUCUGUCGAAACAAUAUGAACAGGGUUUCCAGUUUUGUUUUUUUUUAAUAAGCAUUAUUGAUUAUUCACCAAAAUAUUGUCUGUUUGUGAAUUGUGUUGGAUCAUAAUGAAGGAGAGCUGCUUUUAGAGCUUGGAGCACCUCUUCGUUAUGAAGGGAAUACUGUAUAUUCAUGCAUUUAUCCAUAUGAGUUUAUGUGUACUCUGAUAUAUUUCAGGUAUUUUUAAGUAUUAGCAUCUAUUUUAUAGUUAACACCAUCUACUGUACCCUAAGUGAAUGAAAGUGUAGCUUCAGUAAUCACUUAUUGUCUGUAGUUAUUGAAAAUCUAAUAAGAGUAGUUAGACAGUAGUCGGUAUACAGUGAGUAGGACAUUGUAUCACUGGGGGAAAAUGAACGUGAGGUGAAUUUGUUUAGUGGCUCAAGGUUUCCCAAAUGUGGGUUAAGCCUAGACUUUGUGAUAAAAUUGCAAGGUUUAAGCUUAAUCUGGGUCUGGGAAUCUAGGAAAUGUAGUAUUACUGAACUUUACUAAAAGCAUUUUCUCACUUUCAGUCCUUUUGUAUUUCACCUGUCAUUGCAACCUAAGUCAAACAGGUUCCUAGGGGAUAUUUUUAAACCAUGCAUUUCAUGUAUUUCAUGCUAAAAUGUUUGCACUGAAUGUUUUCAAGUGCUCUGCAAGCCAUACAAGAUGUGUUCAGGAAUUUCUAAAGCUGUGUUGAAGCCAAGGAACAAAACCAUUUUUUUUAAUGUACAGGCAAGCAGUCAUAGAUAUGAUGCAUUGUUUGUUUUGUUUUCACUUUUUAAAAAUAAGCUAAUUCAAAAGUGAUUGAAAUAAAGGUGAAAUUUUAAAACACUAAAAA